AUGAUGAUGAUGAGAUCUUCAAUCACUUCUUCUCCAUUUCUUCUCCGCGCUUUAUUAAACCCUAAAUCUCUCUGCUCAUACCCACAAUUUCUCAAUAGACCUCAAUUUCCUGAGAAUCCCAACACCGAGAAAAUCACUUCAGAAUUCGAUUUUGAGUCUGAAUCCGAAAACGCAGAUUUCACCGAACCCAUUUCUCAAAACUCAGUUUUUACUCAAACCCAUCUCAUAAACACCCUCCUCACCCACAAGAACAACCCAAGAUCAGCUUUGAAUCACUUCAAACAGGUUGAGAGAAAGCGAGGCUUUGUUAAAACCGUGGAUGCUUUCUGUGUUUUGCUUCACAUUUUGGUGGGGUUCCCGGAGACUCAAAAACUUGCUAAAACCUUGCUUACUGACUGUGUUUUCGGGGAUUCAGCUCCGGCUCCGGAUGUUUUUGUCGAUCACUUAGUCGAAUGCGCCAACAGGUUUGGUUUCGUGUUGGAUUCGCGUGUUUUUAAUUAUCUGUUGAAUAGUUAUGUUAGAGCUAAUAGAAUUGAAGAUGCUGUGCUUUGUUAUAAUAGAAUGAUUGAGAGUGAUAUAAUUACUUGGGUACCGUAUAUCAAUAUUCUUUUGGCUGCAUUGGUUAGGAGAAACAUGUUUGGUGAAAUACAUGAAUUGCACAAUAAGAUGGUAUGUAGAGGAAUUAGUGGCGAUUGCUAUACUGUACAUGUGAUGAUGCGUGCGUGCUUGAAGGACGGGAAGCCUGAGAAGGCAGAGGAGUAUUUUAGAGAGGCCAAGGCUAAAGGGAUAGAACUUGAUGCAGAAGUGUAUAGUAUUGUUAUUCAGGCUGUUUGUAAGAAACCCAAUUUGAGUUUGGCUUUUGUGUUAUUGAAGGAGAUGAAAGAAAUGGGAUGGGUUCCUUCGGAGGGUACCUAUACUUGUGUUAUAGGAACUUGUGUGAAGCAUGGGAAUAUGGUAGAGGCAUUGAGGCUUAAGGAUGAGAUGGUUAGCUGUGGGAAGUCAAUGAAUUUGGUUGUGGCGACGAAUUUGAUGAAGGGGCAUUGCAUGCAAGGGAAUUUGGAUAGUGCUUUGGAUUUGUUCAAUAAGAUUGGUGAGGAUGGACUUUCACCGAACAAGGUUACUUACUCAAUUUUGAUUGAAUGGUGCAGUAAGAAUGAGAACAUGGAAAAGGCCUAUGAGCUUUACACCCAAAUGAAAGAAAAGGGUAUCCAGCCUAGUGUCUUCAAUGUGAAUUCCUUAAUACUUGGGUUCUUGAAAUCUCAGUCACUGGAAAAUGCAUUCAAGCUGUUUGAUGAGGCAGUUGAAUGUGGAAUUGCGAAUGUUUUUACAUAUAAUAAGCUUUUGUCAUGGCUCUCUGAAAAAGGUAAGGUAAUUGAGGCUCAAGGUAUAUGGAAAAAAAUGAUUGGCAAGGGUGUGGAACCUAAUGUAGUGUCUUACAACAACAUGAUACUUGGCCACUGCAGAAAGGGGGAUAUGGAUGUUGCAAAUAGUUUAUUUUUGGAGAUGAUAGAAAAGGGCUUAAAACCUAAUGUGAUAACGUAUUCUGUUUUAAUGGAUGGAUAUUUUAAGAAAGGUGACACUGAACGUGGCUUUGAUGUGUUUGACCAAAUGGUGGGUGUAAAUAUUGUUCCCACAGACUUCACAUUUAACACUGUUAUCAAUGGUUUGUGCAAAGUUGGCCGCACAUCUGAGGCAAAGGAGAUGUUGAAGAACUUUGUUGAGAGGGGUUUCAUUCCCUUCUGUUUGACUUACAAUAGCAUUAUAGAUGGAUUUGUCAAGGAGGGUGCCAUCAAUUCUGCAUUGUCUGUUUAUAGAGGGAUGUGUGAAAGUGGAAUUUCCCCCAAUGUGGUCACUUACACCAGCGUGAUUAAUGGUUUUUGCAAAAGCAAUAAUAUUGAUCUUGCUCUGAAAAUGCUGAAUGAGAUGAAAAGCAAGGGUCUUGAAUUGGAUGUCAUGGCAUAUUGCGCUCUAAUUGAUGGGUUUUGCAAAAGGCGAGACAUGGAAAGUGCACGUGAACUUUUUUCUGAACUUCGUGAGGUCGGUUUGUCUCCAAAUACAGUUGUGUACAAUAGCAUGAUUAGUGGCUUUAGGAAUCUAGAUAACGUGGAAGCAGCCCUUGACUUGCACAAGAAAAUGAUUAAUGAGGGAAUUCCGUGUGAUUUGCAAACGUACACUACAUUGAUUGAUGGAUUAUUAAAAGAUGGGAAAUUACCACUUGCAUCAGAUCUAUACUCGGAGAUGCUUUCCAAGGGUAUUGUGCCAGACAUCAUUACAUAUACUGUUCUAAUAAAUGGCCUAUGUAACAAAGGACAGCUAGAAAAUGCACGCAAGAUUUUGGAAGACAUGGAUGGGAAGAGCAUGACUCCUAGUGUUCUUAUUUAUAAUACCUUGAUUGCUGGACACUUCAAGGAUGGGAAUCUGCAAGAAGCUUUUAGACUACAUGAUGAGAUGCUUGACAGAGGUCUUGUACCUGAUGAGAUUACUUAUGAUAUUCUUGUAAAUGGGAAAGCAAAGGCAGUAAAUACUCUUGCUUGA